CACUGCAGGGCGUCGGCGCCGCGCGCCCAGAUGCUUCUCCCUUCGCACGCCCACCGCCGUCCUCCUCUCCCGCGCCGCCGCAGCGUCGUUAGCCAUGCUACCUCGCCGCGGGGAGCAGGAGGCAUCAUCGCCAUCCUCGCCUUCGUCUUCCUCACCGCCGCCUCGCUCCACCAUGCCUCCUCCCGAGCGCGCGCCCGCGAACGCCGCAUCGCCGACCGCCGAGUCCCGCGACUUGGCGGCGCCGCCGCGCCGAGGGUCACCAUCUUCUCUGCCCCGCUCAGCCCGGCCGAUGGCGGCUCGCCCGAGCGGCAGGAACUCGCGCUGCGGUCCUGGCUGGCGCUCCGGGGCGACGUCAGCGUCGUGCUCCUCGGCCCCCACCCGCCGUCCGCAGCGCUCGCGGUCGCCGCGCGGCUGGGCCGCCGUGUCACCGUCGAAGCCGCCGUCGAUUGCUCGUUCACCGGGACGCCGUUCUUCCACUCCAUGGUCGCGAGAGCGCAGGCUUCGGAAUCCGACAUCUGCGUCCUCGUCGACGCGGACGUCCUUCUGCUUCCUGAAACUGCCGCCUUGCUGACGAAUCUCAGCAGAAUCGACCAUGAUUGGCUCAUUGUUUCGAUGUCGCGCAACAUCUCUGGUUUCGCCUACAAUCUCUCUGAAAACGGCAACCAAUGGGUACACGCAGACGGCCAAGUACUGAGCUUGACGAAGGAGAUUCUAGGUGAUAAGUGGGCAGCAGAUAGCAGUGACAGGGGCCUCAUCAUGGCGUGGAACAAUCCUAGGAAUCCAUUACUCGCAGGAGUUAUACCUUCUUUUCUAUAUGGAAGAGGAGGACACUCUUGGUGGUUGAUUCACGAGGUUAUAUCAUCUCAAAUGAGACUUGUAUUCGAUGCAAGCAGCCUGGUUCUUGGAUUAUACCCUGAAAAUCUCAGUGCAAAGCGCGUUGCGGGUUCUGGUGAGAAUGGUAGAUUACCUGAUGGAUCCUGGGAGUUCGAUGUGAACCGUCAUCUCGCUGCGGUUUAUGGGUCAUACUGCUAUCGUUUACCAGGAGUACAUCAUUCUCCAAUGCUGUAUGAAGUGAUAAAGGAUUCUGAAGAUUACAAGUUAAGCAAAAUUGAAGAGCUCACCCUCUCAAAAUUUGUUACAGGUAAAGAACAGAAUGUCCACACAGAGGGACAGAGCCAUUGGCAUAAAAAGAACAUUUGCUUGUCUGAUUACCUGCGAAGCCUUUCUUCAGAGACCUCGGAAGGCGACCGUGUUCCAUAUUCUUUAGGAGCGCUGUUACAAUCUAGAGCUGAUGAGAACAGGUCUGUUGUUCUUGGUGUGGCUGGUGCAAGUUACAGGGAUAUGCUUAUGAGUUGGGCGUGCCGCUUGCGCCAUCUUGGGGUCACAAAUUUUGUAGUCUGUGCUCUUGACCAUGAGACAUAUGAAUUCUCUGUUUUGCAGGGUUUGCCAGUUUUCAGAGAUCCAUCGUCACCGAAGAAUGUCAGCUUUGAUGAUUGCCACUUUGGGACCCCAUGCUUUCAGCGAGUGACUAAAGUGAAAUCACGCGUUGUUCUGGAGAUUUUAAGGUUGGGGUACAAUGUGCUGCUGAGUGAUGUGGAUGUCUACUGGUUUGAUAAUCCAGUGCAGUUCCUGUAUUCUCUUGGUUCUGCUACAUUUGCAGCACAAUCGGAUGAAUACAAUGAGACAGGGCCAAUCAACUUGCCGCGCCGACUUAACUCGGGUUUCUACUAUGCCCGGUCAGACCACGCCACUAUCACCGCAAUGGAGAUGGUGGUGAAACACGCGAACAAGUCGAGCUCGUCGGAGCAACCUAGCUUCUACGACAUCCUGUGUGGGCAGGAAGGAGCCAAUCGCCACGGCAACAACAUCUGCCUGGAGCCCAGUACCAACCUCACCGUCAUGUUCCUGGACCGGAAUCUGUUCCCAAACGGAGCUUACAGGAGACUAUGGGAAAGGCGCGAUGUGCGCUCAGCUUGCAGGGAGCUAGGGUGCUUCGUCCUCCACAAUAACUGGGUAAACGGGAGGAAGAAGAAGCUCCGGCGCCAGAUGGCGUCUGGGCUCUGGGACUAUGAUCCUGGAUCUAGGAUGUGUUUGCAUAGUUGGGGUGAUGCAGGUAGCUUCAGAGUGAUGGGGCAGUUUGAUAUGUCUGGCGACACUGACAGUUAACAUGCCAAUUCUGAAGAUGUUCAAGAACUACUGGCUCGUUUGUGUUGACAAGGAUUAUCUGUGUUAUGCACACCAAACCAACAAAAGAAUUUUUGUUCAUAGAUCAGAAUUGAGUGACAAACAACAUCUGUACUACCAAACCAACAAGUUUGCAGCAGAUUCAGUGGCAUGCUUGACU